UUGUUGAGUCACCGGUAAAACCGUUACUCGGAAGCGAAAGCCGACACUGUACGUUAAUAACAGCGCCUCCGGUCCUCCUCGUUUCUCCUCCCGGCUCCUCAGCGCUUACACCGGCCACACUUUCUCCUCCACGGGGUUGAGAUGUUACAGUUUCGGUCAACGGUCGCGCUCAAGGAGUUAUUUCAGACCCAGCUGAAGCGUCCGUUGACAGGUGUAGUGAAGUCGUCACCUGCCGCCGCCGCCUGCUUCAGCACCGGCUGCUUGGAUGGCAGAUCAGCGGGCAGAGGGAGGGCGUUUGUGCCGCAGCACCUCGCCAGGAGGCACGGCGUGAGAGGCUUCUGCUCCAAGGGGGACGGACAGAAUGAAGCCGCUGGGAAGGACUCAUCGACGGAGAAGAGAAGGAAGGCAGGCAUCCUGCCCAGCCUGGAGGACCUGCUCUUCUACACCAUCGCAGAGGGCCAGGAAAAAAUCCCGGCACACAAAUUCACCACAGCUCUUAAAGCCACGGGGCUUCGCACGGGAGACCCCCGGCUGAAAGAAUGUAUGGAGAUGCUGAAGGUGACCUUGAAGACGACCUCUGAUGGAGCACUGGACCGACACCUCUUCAAAAAGUGUGUCCAGAGCAACAUCGUCCUGCUCACCCAGGCCUUCAGGAAGAAGUUCGUCAUCCCAGACUUCCAGCCCUUCUGCGCCCACAUGGACGAGCUCUUUGAGAACGCCAAAAACAUGUCAGGAGGGCAGGUGGCCGACUACAUUCCCCAGCUGGCCCGCUUCAGCCCGGACCUGUGGGCCGUCGCCCUGUGCACCGUGGACGGACAGAGGCACACUGUGGGCGACACCAAGGUUCCCUUCUGCCUGCAGUCCUGCGUGAAGCCGCUGAAAUACGCCAUCGCCGUUCACGACCACGGCACAGAGUACGUGCACCGCUUCAUCGGCAAAGAGCCCAGCGGCCUGCGGUUCAACAAGCUCUUCCUGAACGAGGAAGAUAAGCCGCACAACCCCAUGGUUAAUGCUGGAGCUAUUGUCUGUACCUCCCUCAUCAAGCAAGGGGCGAGCAACGCUGAGAAAUUUGACUAUGUCAUGAACUUCAUGAACAAACUGGCAGGAAACGAGUACGUGGGCUUCAGCAACGCCACUUUCCAGUCAGAGCGAGAGUCUGGAGACAGAAACUUUGCCAUCGGCUACUACCUGAAGGAGAAGAAGUGUUUUCCAGAGGGGACGGACAUGACCUCCAUCCUUGACUUCUACUUCCAGCUGUGCUCCAUCGAGGUCACCUGCGAGAGCGCCAGCGUCAUGGCGGCUACCCUGGCCAACGGCGGCUUCUGUCCGAUCACAGGAGAGCGCGUGCUGAGCCCUGAGUCUGUGCGAAACACUCUGAGUCUGAUGCAUUCCUGUGGCAUGUACGACUUCUCCGGACAGUUUGCUUUCCACGUCGGUCUGCCGGCUAAAUCCGGGGUCGCCGGGGGGAUUCUGCUGGUUGUUCCAAACGUGAUGGGCGUCAUGUGUUGGUCUCCACCGCUCGACAAGCUGGGGAACAGCGUCAGAGGCAUCCAGUUCUGCACGGACCUGGUUUCUCUCUUUAACUUCCACAACUACGACAACCUGCGACACUUUGCUAAGAAGCUGGAUCCUCGCAGGGAGGGCGGAGACCAGAGGGUGAAGUCUGUCAUCAACCUGCUGUUUGCUGCGUACACCGGAGACGUCUCAGCCCUGAGGAGGUUUGCGUUGUCCUCCAUGGACAUGGAGCAGAGAGACUACGACUCCAGGACGGCCCUGCAUGUGGCGGCUGCUGAAGGGCACGCUGAGGUGGUCCGCUUCCUGCUGGAGGCCUGUAAAGUCAACCCAGUUCCCAGAGACAGGUGGGGGAACACACCGAUGGACGAAGCCGUCCACUUCGGCCACCACGACGUGGUGACCAUCCUCCGCGAUUACCACACCCAGUACAGCCCUCAGGAAAACGUGGACAACAAGCAGAACGCAGAGAAGAACCUGGACGGUCUGCUCUGAGGGAAACGAGCUGAAGACGAGAGGCUGGACGGCUGUGAGAAAACGUCUUAAAUGUGGAUCAGAGAGGAAAACACUUCAAACUGUACAGUGGAAACAAUCCCUUAACUUAAACCGUACACGCAGGGCAGCCGCCACCCCGCCUCAUGCCGGUAGAUGUCGUUGGUUUUUUGUAUAUUAAUGUACUUUUUAUUUCAGUUCUCCUUCUGUAUCUCGUCAUCAGCUCUGUAGCUUUGUAGGAAGCAACCAGCCGCCACGUUGAAUGCUGGGUAAAUUCAGCUGCGGCUGGUAGGUCAACGGACUCCAUGACAACAGGAAGUAGCAGGCGUUUGGUACCCCGGGUUUGUCACUUCAUCAUCACAGCGUGGUGGAAUGUAUCUUCCCCCAAACACUUCAGUGUGUGUGUGAUACUUAUUUAUCUACUGAAGAUAAAGUGUACAGUCAUGUAGCGUGUGUGUGUGUGUGUGUGUGUGUGUGAGUCGAGGAUACAUUAGUGUAAAUAUAUACAGGUGUAUAGUUGUCUUUCUGUAGUCGAGGACGUAGAUUUCACUCUGGAAACUGUCAGUAUUUCAAUUUAAACACGACAUUUAGAUGAAUUUAAAACAUUAAAUACGAGUUAAAGUUUUUUUUGUUUUGCUUUUAAAUGACUGUUUUUGUUGUCACCUCCCCAAAAACUGUUUUUUUUUUUUUUACAGUUUAACUGUAUUAUUUGAUUUUAUUUUUUGUAACCUGAGGAAAUAAUGUCGAAGUUCGCCAAAGUUCAGGUUGUUUGUUGAAAGAGUUUCCAAAUAUCAUAAAUGACACUGCCAGCGCUGACAGAAGCUUGAAUACUGUAAACGUCCAACAAUUGAAGUUUGUUUUGUGUGUUUGUGUUUGCACUCAACAACAGGAAAAUCACCCCUCGGCCAUCAGCUGCUCAAAACCACAGAACUUUAUUACACUGAAGAUCACAACGUUUCCAAAAAGACCAAAUGUAUGAGAUUAAAUUUGUGAAAAAUUUGGAAUAUUUCAGUUUUCGUCUCACAUCGCAUACUUCUGUUUGUACGCUUCAAAGUAGUGCACUAUACUUCUUGCAUGGUGUUGCCUCAGUUCGCGCCAGCAAAGUUUUAACCGCCUCUUCUUCAUCUUCUUUUUGAAACGGCGAAUUGCAAACAGACACUGGAGCAUUAUCGCCAACAUUUGACCGCUAUAUUAGCCCACAUGUAAACGAAAUAACAUUUGGCCGCUAUAUUAGCCCACAUGUAAACGAAAUAACAUUUGGCCGCUAUCUUAGCCCACAUGUAAACGAAAUAACAUUUGGCCGCUAUAUUAGCCCACAUGUAAACGAAAUAACAUUUGGCCGCUAUCUUAGCCCACAUGUAAACGAAAUAACAUUUGACCGCUAUAUUAGCCCACAUAUAAAGCAAAUAUCGGAGCCAUCCACGGUGUAAAUUGUGUGUACGAUGCUAAUUUAGCCUGUAGGGGGCACUGUGUUGUCAUGUCUGUCAGUUUUUGGCCAUCCAGUAAUUUGGAAUAUGCGCAGGCACAUCGGAUAUCACCGAGAUUCCAAGAUAGGAAUGAACGGACUUCUCGUUGCCUCGUCUCUGAACACAUACGUAAGAAGAAAUGAGGUAUUAGUACAGAAGUAUGCGAUAUGAGACACACAGUUGGUAUGUAUCAGUGAAGAGCAUCUAUAAAGUCGACUGAAUUAAAACACUCAAUAAAGGUAGUUUAACCUUUAAUUUGGACGGUAAAGCUCUCUGGUUGUUUCUUACAGCAUUGCUCUCUGGGACUAAGGGCCCGUCACAAUACCCAUCGCAUAACGAGGGGUAGUGGGCAGAUGCUAACUUGCCAGCGAGGGGUAGACGUCGCCAUGGUUACCACCAAGCAAGAGACGGGGAAAAAAGUUCACACGUAGCUAAUGUCACAGUUGUCAGGUUGCUUGUUAGCUAGCUAGCUAGCUCGCACUAUCUGGCGUCUGUCAUCUGUCCUGUUCUGCAAAACUGUCGGAUUUUUCACAUUACGAUAACACGCCAGCUCGUUUAAUUAUGCUGCCUCGUAAUGUUAGCUGGUUAGCUAGCUAGCUAGGUAGCAGAAGCAAGAUGAAUGCGGCAAACAUGAUCGGUAGGAUGAACUCAACUGGAGAUGGUUGGAAAUGUAGAUGGCUCGCAGCUUCCUGUUUAAAAUAGUUACGUAUACGUGAACGUAACUGACGCGUUGACGUAGUGAGUGGUGUCCCAAUUCCUAGAGAAAGAUUUCUACCCCUACCCCUCGUUGCUUCAUUUCGAGGGCCAAGGGGGAGUGGGCAAGAGGGGGUAUUGGGAUUGGACCUUAAAGUUGACUCCUACUGUUUGCUUUAGCGAAACAAAACGGAGAUGUUUUGUAAUGAGGAUUUAUCUAUGUGUAUUUUAACAAAUUUUCCUUGUUGAGUGCACCUCUUCCUUUGAUUUCAUGUUGUAACACUCCCGUUGUGAUCCACUGACGUUCAUUUUUAUCGCUGUCAAACUAUGUUUUUCCAAACCAAGGCUUUUAGUGCAUAAAGUGUGUUGACUUGUAAUGUAUCACAUGAAUUAUGAUAUGUAAACGUUUGUCCCUGCGGAGGACUCAGGACGGUCUGAUCUGUUUCCACGACAGAUUUGAAACACUAAAAACAAAAACUGAAGAAGCUUUAUACUGCGGAUGGAUUGUUUCAUUUUAUAUCUGUAAUGUGCUGAAGAUUCUGUCAUACUUGAAAAGUUGUGCAGAUGUUUAGUUUUCCAGAAGUUUUGUGCGUUUGUAGCGUGUUGGAAGUUUGGAUGUUGUUUCUGUACGGACAAACUGAACCAGGCAUCUGCGACGCUCACAAUCCACCGUCCAGAUUCUGUUCAGGUUUACUGCAUUUCUGUUCCUCAGGUCGGGAUCGGUCCGUUCAGUUUGAUUAAAAUUUUUAUUUGACGUUAAAUUGGAUUUUAAAAAAAAGCACAAAACUUCACCUAAAAAUUGCAAUAUUUUAAGGAACAAUCAGCAAUACAAACGUAAUGAUUGUACGAUGGAAUUAGCAAUAUGGAUUUGACCUGAUCCCGACCUGUCGCUGAUAUGAAGCGAUCUCUGUGUGCAGCGACUGAAGUAUUUUGAAUGUAACGUGUUUGGUGUCGUUCUGUUUCUUCUUCAUGUAUAUUUAUGCUGCUGAGUGUCGCGGGCAGUUCAGAUAUUUAUUCACAGAUCAAACAUUUAAUAAAAGUCAUAAAAAUCAA